AAAGUGAAAUUGUCCUCAUGCCUAUUGCUUGUUGAUGUGUUGGAUUAGGAAAUGAACCCGCUUUCAGCAUACGCAAUGUCCUCCUACGUCGUCAUGCAUCGUGAAGAAUGGACUUAGCGAAAAGCAUAGCUUUGCCGAAAUGAUGUUAUCUUUUACUUACGAGCGUGUAGUUCGAGUAUGUAAAUAAGCGAUUUACUUACUCACGGCUGGGAGAAACUUGGACGGAUGCCAACCGAAGCAGAGGAUAAAGCUGCAAAGGACAAUCCACAACAACCACUUAAGCUUGGCUUAUACCUUGGAGCUCAGAACCCUGGGAACACACGUCCUAGUCUAGCCCCAAAGCCUCAACAUGCUGGCGGGGGGCAGGGGCCGGCACCUGCAGCGCUGCGGGUGCGGCAAGGCUUUGCUCGUGCCAAGUCCGUAUCAGAAGAUGGUCCGGCUGCUGCUGCCGCUGCCCGGGCGGCGGUGCAUGGCGCCUCCAUGCUCAUCACGCGGCCCCGCCAGCAGCAGCAGCUAGGGGGGCCCGGCUCCUUCUCAGCAGGCGGGGGAGGCUAUGGCAGCCCGCCGGGUGUGUCGUACUUUGCUGGAGGCGGCGGUGGUGGCAGCGGCGGUGGCGUGGAGGGGAAGUACGACUUCUCCAGCGCUCCCAGGGGAGUACGGCACCGGCCUCCCUCGGGCAGCGGCUCCUUCUCCGCCGCCUCCCCACUCAACACCACCCGGGACGCUUCAGAGGUGCGCGCCGCCUGGCCCGACCCCGCCGCAUUCGCUGCCGGGGGCGGCCCCUUUGGCGGCGCCUCCGCGCCCUCCUCCGGCAACUUGGGCGACGUGUUCCUCACCUCGGCGUCCUUCAUACAGCAGCAGCAGCAGCAGCGCUCUGGUGGCACCGGCGCCGCUCCGCCCUCCUCCUCCUCCUCCCAGCAGGCCGCGCUGCUGCUGAAGCAGCCGCCACUGCCGCGGCCGCCCUCCGUGAGCCCCUCCGGGAUGCUGGGUGAUGGGCGCGCGGCGGCGGAGGAGGACCCGGAGACGCAGGCCAAUGUGCGCAAGUGGUUCAAGGUGCUGCAGGACUUCAAGUCCGCUCCCCCCGACUCCCUUGGCUUCGUGUACAUGCGUCACGCGCACCCCGAGCUGGCUGCCCGCAGCCCCUACAACCUGCUGCUGGUGGAGCACACCGACAUCAAGGCCUCGCCCGCCACCCGCAGCAACUACUACACCAUGUCGGCAAAGGGUGUGACUCACUUUGUGGACGGCGCGGGCGACUUCGUGUCGCUGGAGCAGUUUGAGCGCGAGUACUUCCUGUACCGCCACCUGCUGCGGUUCAAGAUGUUUGCGCAGUACAGGCUGUGGAAGGCGUUCAGGACCUGGCGCCGCUUCGUGAGCAGUCGCAAGGCCCGCAGCGCCAAGGAGGUGCUGCAGAAGAGCCUCUUCAGCCUCAACCCGGUGUUCAGGAGCGCGCUGGUGCGCAUGCGGACGGCCUGUCACGGCCUGCAGCAGCUGCGCCUGCACGCCGUGGAGCGCGGUCGGCUGUACCGGCUGCCCGAGCUGCUGGCGCUGCACGAGUCGCGGCACCGGGAGACGGAGGCGGUGCUGGAGAGGUUCGAGUUGGAGGUGCUGGCGCAGGCGCAGGAGGCGUGCAAGGCGGCGCUGCAGCUUAUGGAAGAUGAGCUCAUGGGGGUGAAGGGGGGCACUGCGAGAGCCGCUGCCGCCGCCGCCGCUGCAGCAGCAGCCGGCGGUAUCGUCGGCGUUGACGGAGGCGGCGUCGCCGUCACGAGCGGUAGCGCUGGCGGCGCCGUCGGCGGUGGCGGAAGCGUCGGCGGCAGCCCUGACGGCGACGGUCGCCCGCCGCCGCCAGCUGCGGAGGGCUCUGCAGGCGAUGACGGCAGCGUCAGCCCGGUCAAAGAAAACAGCGCUAACGCUAGCGUCGGUGCGGCGGCGACGGUGACGGCGACGGAUGCAUCGCCGAUGUUUGCCGCAACAGCAACCGCCGGGGGCGCCGGCAUCUUCGGCGGCACGUUCGGUCGCAUCGGCGGCGGCACCGGCUUCGGCCGCUCGGUCCUCGCCUUCUGGGCGGACUUCUCCGGCGGCGAGUUCAGCUACGCCCUGAACGCGGCUCGGCGGUCGUACAAGCGCCGGAUCCACGCCUUCGUACGUCUGCUAGACUACAUGAUCUGCGGCGCGCUGCAUGACGUGCUGGUGGACUCCUCCGCCGACCUCCUGCAAGCCCUGAGCCCGCCGCAGCCGCCGCCAACGCCGCCUACGCCACCCACACCUCCCACGCCGCCAGCUCCGCCAACACCCCCGGCGGCGGACGAGGAGGCGCAGGCGCUGAACGGUACCGGCGGCCGCUCCCUGGCCCGCGAGCGAGGCCUCAGCCUGAGCCUUAGCGCCCUGGGUUUGGGGCUGAAGGAGGAAGCCAAGCCGAAAGACUGGGGCGUCGACGGCGGGCAGUUCCUGCAGCUCGAGAUCCAGCUGCGCAGCGGCUACGUCCCCAGCAGCGGCGGCACCGUCGCCGGCAGCACCAUUGCCGGCGGCGUCAGCGUCAGCGGCGGCCACAUUUCCGUCAGCGGCGCCGUCAGCGCCGGUCACGGCCUCACCCCCGGCGGCGGCGCAGUCAGCGUCAGCGGAGCCGCCGCCGCUGCCACCGCCGCGCGCCCUAGCGUCACCAGCGUCCGCAGCCUGGGUGGCGGCGGCGGCGGCGUGAGCAUGAGCGCCAGCGUCAACGUGAGCGUCAGCGGCGGCCUGGUGGAGCAGCACUCGCUGGUGCUGGUUCCGGCACCCGGGGAGUUCCUUUCCACGCUGGAGCACAUCCAUGCUACCUGGGUGGCGCAGAUCCUGUCCGUGAACCGCCUGCUCACACACCCCAAGCUGCAGGAGUACAUGGAGAUGCCAAUCGACAGCGGGCUGGUGCUGGACAUGGAGGGGUUCAACGAGAUCCUGUUGGGCGCGUCCUUCCAUGGCGUGGUGCGUGCCGUACGUGACAGGCUGAGAUGCGCCAUGGAGGCGGCGGAGGCGUACAAGCAGACCUUUGACGGCAUCAAGGACGCCGCGCUGGCGUGUCGUCCGGUGGACGAGAGCGCUGUGCGGUUGCUGUGGGAGGCGGGCCAGCGGGACCUGGGCUGGUACCGCCGCGAGAUGACGGCGCUGCGGGACCAGCUGGGAGUGGUGCUGGCACUGCCGCCGUACAGCCCCCUGGGUGUCCUGCGCCUGGAGCUGGGCGAGCUGGUGGCGGCCCUGCGCCCCGGACCCGAGCAGGCGCUGCAGGCGCUGUCCGCACUGCUGCCGCGCCUCACCGCAGCAACCCACAACGCAUUCAUCAGCGGGGUGCACGCGGCGACACGCAGGCUCAACCAGGUCCCCUCCUCCGCGGACGACCUGUCCGACUACCUGGCCUUCCUGGCGGAGUGCGAGGCGCGCAAGGCGGCCCUGGACCGGGAGUACGACAUGGUUGUGGCGCACUACGAGUUGAUCGAGGACUUCGGCAUCAGGAUCCCCGACAUGCAGGCUGCCAGCUACGCUUCCCUGGACCGGGACUACGCUGCCCUCCGUGACGCCAUGUGGGCUGCGGACGGGUCCAGGGAGCGGUUGGUUGAGCUGUACGGCGCGGAUCUCAAUCGGCAAGUGGAGCAGAUCAUCAAGCAGGUCACCGCCAUCUCGCUCCAGGCGCAGCACGACAUGAUACUGGAUGAGCGCUCGGAUCCAGAUGUCGUGUUGUCGUACACCGGGGGACUGCUGGAGCGCGUGAGGGCCCUGCAGAUGCAAGCGGAACGUAUCCAGCAGCACCAGCGCACCUUCAAGAUCGAUGAAACACGUUUCUCCGAGCUGGCUGACUGCCUGGAGGACGUGUCGCUGCGGCACCUGCUGUGGACCAGCGUGCGCGACUGGGUGGAGGUGACGGCGGGCUGGCUGGACUGCCCAUUCGAGCAGCUGCAGCCGGGCGCAAUGGAGGAGCAGAUAGGCAGCUACAGCCGCGCGGUGUUCAAGAUGGAGAGGGGGCUGGUGCCGAACAAGCUGGUUCCCCGCCUACGUGCGGAGGUGAACUACUGGCGGGACCUGGUGCCCCUGGUGGCUGCACUGCGCAACCCGCACCUCAAGGAGCGGCACUGGGUCAAGGUUAAUGCCGCGGUGGGCUGCUUCAUCGAGCGCAACGAUGAGCUCACUCUGCAGGCGCUGCUGGACAUGCAGCUGCUGGAAGUUCGCGAGUCCGUGUCGCUCAUCUCCACGGAGGCCACCCAGGAGGCGGCGCUGGAGGCGCUGCUGGACAAGGUGGCUGACAAGUGGCGUCACGUGGAGCUGAGUCUGAAGCCGUACAAGGCGCAGAAGGACACGUACGUGCUGGGCGGGGUGGAGGAGGUGCUGGCGGUGCUGGAGGACUCGGCGGCGGUGAUGGCGACCAUCAGCGCCAGCAGAUAUGUGGCGGGAAUACGCACCGAGGUGGAGCGGCUGGACAAGCAGCUGCGGCUGUUCGGUGACACGCUGGAUGAGUGGCUGGACUGCCAGAGACAGUGGCUGGCCCUGGAGCCCAUCCUGACCACCGCCGACAUCCAGCGCCAGCUGCCCUCGGAGGCGCGGGCCUUCGCAGCGGUGGACCGGCAGCUCAAGGAGAUCAACAGGAAGGUCAAGGACAGACCCAACGCGCUGCAGGCCGGCACCCAGCCCGGGUUGUUGGAGCAGCUGCACCGCUGCAACGAGGCGCUGGAGGGGGUGGCCAAGAACCUGGAGGCCUACCUUGAGGCCAAGCGCAUGGCCUUCCCGCGCUUCUACUUCCUGUCCAACGACGAGCUGCUGCAGAUCCUGUCGCAGGCGCGCAACCCGCAGGCGGUGCAGCCCCACCUGCAAAAGUGCUUCGACGGCAUCCGCUCGCUGGACUUUGGCGAGGACGCGCGCGCCACCGACAUCCUGGCCAUGAUGAGCGGCGAGGGGGAGCGGGUGCCGCUGGGGAAGAACCUCAAGGCUCGCGGCAGUGUGGAGCAGUGGCUGGGCAGUGUGGAGGCGGCCAUGAGGCAUGCGGUGCGCGCAGCCGCACGCAAGGCGCACCGGGACUACCCGGGGGGGGCGCUGGCGGCGGCAGCGGGGCCGCCGGCAGCAGGGACAGCAGCAGCGGGAACGGGAGGGGCAGCGGGAGCAGCGGCAGGGGCAGCAGCGGGGCCGCUGGGCAGGCCGAGUCAUGGAGGCAAUCUGGGUGGAGGGGGUGGAGGGCCCCUCAGCCGGCUGGACUGGCUGCGGGCCACUCCGGCUCAGCUGGCGGUGGUGUGCUCCAACAUUCACUGGUGCAGGGCGGUAGAGUCCUGUUUCCGCGCCCGCGACCCCCUCCCCUCCCUGGAGCGCCUCUACUCCGCCUGCGCCUCCCAGCUGUACGACCUCACCCUUGUCGUACGGGGCGCGGGAAUCACCCCCCUGGAGCGCAAGGUCUUAGUCACCCUCAUCACCACUGACGUACACAACCGCGAUGUCGUGGAUCUCCUGAUCCAACGGAACUGUACGUCAGCAACCGAUUUCAGUUGGCUCAUGCAGCUGCGGUACGAGUAUGAGGCGUUGGCUACAACUGGCGGCGCGGGAGG